AGAAAAAGAAAAAGAAAGAAACAUGAAACCCAAGUAGGCAUUUCCACCAAUUAUGGAUCGAAAAUGAAGGGGAAAAUGUGAGUGUGGGUUGUGUGUUUGUUUGGUGUAAUAUAAAAAAAAAACAAAAAAACAAAUUAUAAGGCGAAAUAUAUGGGUGUUUCUUCAACAUUUGUGGAUGGAAUUCGCAGAUGGUUUCAGCGCCACAACAAUUAUCAUCAUCAUGAUCCCACCAAUAACAACACAAAUCCAUCAUUAUUAUCAAAUGCCCAAAUCGCAUUUCUUGAAAGUUUGGAUCUUUCUUCAUUAAACAAGCUUCUUGUUCCUCUUCGCAUGGAUCCUCUUAAAAGGCUCGAAAGAGAAUUCUUCACGGAGUAUGGAGAGGCUAGUAGAUACGAAGUUCAAGAAGUCGUUGGGAAAGGGAGUUAUGGUGUUGUAGGUUCUGCUACUGAUACACACACAGGAGACAAAGUUGCAAUUAAGAAGAUAAAUGAUGUUUUUGAGCAUGUUUCUGAUGCCACGAGGAUUCUUAGAGAAAUCAAGCUCCUUCGAUUGCUGAGGCAUCCGGAUAUUGUGGAAAUUAAGCAUAUUAUGCUCCCUCCGUCUAGAAGAGAGUUUAGAGAUAUUUAUGUAGUAUUUGAAUUGAUGGAGUCUGAUCUUCAUCAAGUUAUUAGAGCAAAUGACGAUCUGACCCCUGAACAUUAUCAGUUUUUCUUGUACCAACUUCUUCGUGGCCUGAAAUAUAUUCACUCAGCAAAUGUAUUUCAUAGAGAUCUAAAACCCAAAAACAUUCUUGCUAAUGCUGACUGUAAGUUAAAGAUUUGUGACUUUGGGCUUGCUCGGGUCUCAUUUAACGAUGCACCAUCAGCCAUUUUCUGGACGGAUUAUGUUGCAACUCGAUGGUAUCGUGCUCCUGAACUCUGCGGUUCCUUUUUCUCAAAAUAUACUCCGGCCAUUGAUAUUUGGAGCAUUGGAUGCAUAUUUGCAGAGAUGCUUACUGGGAAACCGCUUUUUCCUGGAAAGAAUGUAGUGCAUCAGUUGGAUCUCAUGACUGAUUUGCUUGGCACUCCUCCUCCAGAAACUAUUGCAAGGAUCCGCAAUGAAAAGGCAAGAAGAUAUCUUAAUAGUAUGCGGAAAAAACAGCCAGUUCCUUUCACACACAAAUUUCCAAAUGUAGAUCCUUUGGCUCUGAAACUACUGGAACGUCUACUUGCUUUUGAUCCGAAAGAUCGGCCAUCGGCUGAAGAGUCACUAGCCGACCCCUACUUUAAUGGCUUGUCAAAUGUGGAUCGAGAACCAUCCACUGGGCCUAUAUCAAAACUUGAAUUUGAAUUUGAGAGGAGGAAAUUGGGAAAAGAUGAUGUCAGAGAGUUGAUCUACCGAGAGAUCUUAGAGUAUCACCCUCAGAUGCUCCAGGAAUAUUUGCGUGGUGGUGAACAGACUAGCUUCUUGUACCCAAGUGGUGUUGAUCGGUUCAAGAGGCAAUUCGCACAUCUUGAGGAGGGCUUAGGGAAAGGCGGAAAUAAUAAAACCACUCCACUUCUAAGGCAGCAUGCCUCACUUCCUAGGGAGCGAGUUCCGGCACCUAAGGAAGAAGGUAGUUCUCAAGAUAACAACACGGAAACACAAGAUGCAGAAUAUGCUGAAGGAGCAGAAGAUUCAAAUGAAGCUAAUAAAGGAAAUUAUAGUGCACGUAGCUUGUUAAAGAGUGCAAGUAUCAGUGCUUCCAAGUGCAUAGGAAGCAAGGGGACACGUCCAAUAGAGGACGAACCUGAUGAAGACCAGCAAGACAAGCAGUAGGGACGAGCUCCUUUGUUCCAAGUGUGCAAAGGCAAAAGAUACAAUUUGUUACACACUAACGGGAAACAUGUAAAUUUAAUACAUAAUUUGCCCAAUUUGGCAUGCUUUUUUUGCAAGAAAAAUGGGGAAAGAAACUGUUAAAUUCUAACCUCAUUUGGCAUUUGCAAAACUACCUUGUAUUUAUUGCAAAAUUUUGCCUAAUUUUUAUGUGAUGGCUUAACCAUUAGCCAUACAGCUUUUCAUA